AUGCUUUCACAACAAAAAGACACCACCCAAAAGACAAAAACCAAAUGGCAAGAAUUAUUAGAGGCUCCGAAGGGCUGCAUGGAAUAUAAUCCUCAUCAAGCUUUCGCUUUACAAGUGUUUUGGAUCGUCCGAUCCUUCCGAGCAGCCACCGAAAUGAUUGAAAAGGGAUUCCUACCCUGUAGUCAAGCCACCCUUCGAGAUACACCCACCACCCUUUGCUACUUGUUUCGAAUUUCACAACAGGAUGGUCAUGAACAAAUGGCUGAGGAAUUUAAAAAACAAGUGAAAACUAUUGGACAACAUCCUCACUAUCAACCUGCUUUUAAGAGUAUCAAGAUGGGAAUUGCUCAACAAAAUAUUGAAAUGAAAUUGAAACAGGGAGGAAUUAAUAUCGAACCAUUGAAAUGGAAUCCUGAUGAGCCCAUGGAAGGACAUGAAGAUGAAUUGGACUUUCAUCCAAUUGUGUUGGAAUGUACAGAAGUUUAUUUGGAUAAUCGAAGUUUUUAUGAUCAUUCAGCAUCACAGGAUUGGAUGAACCAUUAUCCAGAAAUUGUCAAGCCCUGUCGAUCACUAAAACCAAAGACUUUUUGUGUGGGACAUCCAAGUGAGGAAAUUUGGGAAAAGGCACUUGAAAGUGCAUUAAAGGCAAUUCGUUUCAAUGGUGAUGAGACAAGACAAGUGAAAAUUAUUCAACCUGGAUUAUUCCUUCAUGACAGUUUCAGUUCCAACAAUGAAAAUGCUCAACAACAAGUGGCAACCAUGUUUUUGGAGAUGGAUUUGACGAUCGCUAAUGACAGACUUGAACAUUGUCAAUCCUACUUUUCCCAAAUUCAACAAGAUUUACACGCUCCCUUUAUGGUUGUUUUACCAACCAAUCUCCAUGAUGGGGAAGAGGUUGUGGUUCAAGAAAAGGUGCAAGUUCGAAUCAUGCUCUCUUUUUCUUACUCGAAAGAAACGAGUAGUAAGAAUUUAUCAGCACUCAUCCAAGAUUGUGAAUCUUUUAAGGGAAGAAUUAUUGUAUUUUGUGAGAAUGGUAGUGAAAAUGAUCAAGCGACUCAAUUCGCUCAAGAAUUUAUGGAACUCUCUGGCUUGUCAUCAUCGAACUUUCUAACCAUACUCGAUGGCAAAUUAGCUGAGAAAAACAACACUCUUGCUGGUUUUAUUUUACACCCUCUUUACAACAAGCUUAUUAUUAAUGAACAACUCAACUACAAGCCGUAA